AUGACAAACUCUCUAGAGUCGUCGCGGCCCAUGCUUGCCAACUCGGCCGCCAACCGCGCCUCCACCCGCAUGUCUACUUACAGCGCCACACCUACUCUCACACCCUCCAUCGCACCCUCGCACCUCUCGGCAGCCUCGUCAACCGCCGGCGACCCCAAGUCGCAAGACAUCAAGACAUGGAAUGCCGGAUUUGAUCGCCUCGAAGACAAGCGCCUGGUCCAGCAACGGUACGCCCUCACCAACGAGAAGACCGACGACAUGAGCAAGCUGGCGCUGGGAGCAAAGCUUGACCGCGCACUUGCCCGCCGCAUGUCAGGUCAAGACGCCGUCUUCCGGCCAAAGGGCGUCAGCGAGAAGAAGGAGAUUGAGACAUAA